AUGUUUCCAGGUCAGGGUAGAUACACGUAUAACAACAACAGUGCUAAUAAUUAUAAUAAUACUGCCAAUGAACGGUAUGCUGGAUAUAUUCAGCCCCAACAAUUGGUAGCACCGCCGAUCAGACCUCAGACUUUCAAUUCAGAAUUAGACCCACAUACAAAGUAUCAAUAUUCGCAAUGUACGGGGAAACGUAAGGCUCUGCUGGUUGGUAUCAAUUAUAUUGGCUCUCAAAAUCAAUUACGAGGUUGUAUCAAUGAUACACAGAACAUUUACAAUUUUUUAACUACUCAGUACGGUUAUAAUCCAGACGAUAUUGUCAUAUUGACCGAUGAUAAUAGGGAAUAUGUACGGGUCCCGACACGAGAGAAUAUGAUCAGAGCAAUGUAUUGGCUGGUGAGUAAUGUACAGGCAAAUGAUACACUUUUUUUCCACUAUUCUGGUCAUGGUGGACAAACCAAGGAUUUAGACGGCGAUGAAGUUGAUGGAUUUGAUAGUGUCAUUUACCCGGUGGAUUUCCAGACAGCUGGUCAUAUUGUCGAUGAUGAGAUGCAUGAAAUUAUGGUACGUACGUUACCGCAAGGUGUCAGGUUGACUGCGCUAUUCGAUUCCUGCCAUUCAGGUAGUGCACUUGAUUUGCCAUACUGUUACUCAACGAAAGGUGUUAUCAAAGAGCCAAAUGCUUGGAAAAAUGUAGGUCAAGAUGGUCUGAAUGUUGCUCUUUCAUACGCUACAGGCAAUAAUAUGGGAAUGAUAACAUCGUUGGGGUCUAUGGCGUCAUCAUUUUGGAAUAAAAAUUCAAGUACUGGCAUAAGAGAUAGAGUCAAACAAAUCAAAUUCUCAGCCGCCGACGUUAUAAUGUUGUCAGGUUCGAAGGAUGACCAGACAUCAGCAGAUGCUGUUGAAGACGGUCAGAAUAUUGGUGCUAUGUCAUACGCAUUUAUCAAAGUUUUGAAUUUACAACCGCAACAGUCAUAUUUAUCUCUGUUACAGAAUAUGAGACAGGAAUUGAGAGGAAAGUACUCUCAAAAACCACAAUUAUCAGCUUCACACCCUAUAGAUGUUAAUUUACAAUUUAUUUUCUAG